GGCGCCGAGCUUGUCCAGCUGUUCGCCUGCGCCUGGCUGCUGUGGGAGGGCGGCGCGCGCCUCCCCGCGCUGGGCGCCACUCACGUGCAUCGGCACUGCAGGGGGUCGGCCGUCAGCAACGGUGCGAUCAUCAAGGUGUCCUCCUACUCCUCCGCCUACUCCGAGGUCUUCGCGGGCGCUCUGGGGCUAGCAUGGUACCGGGCCCUCCGCGAUCGCUUCGGCGGGCGGGCUUCAGGAGCCUUCGUCGAGUUCGCGGACUCCGACUUCGCGCGCGGCGAGCGGGAGGCUUUCGAGGUGCCGGACGUCCUCGGGGCGAUCACCAGCAUGCGGGCUCCGGCUUCUGAGCAGGCAUGCUCCAUCGGGCGCGUGGCACGCGCCCCGGAGCGCGGCGCUGCAGCCUUCGACGCGGAGGUGGCGGACGGGCGCAAGCUGGAGGACGCCGACAUCGCCAUCAGGGAGGAGUACGCCGCGAAGGUGCGGGGCUGCGAGCCUGAGGCGGGGAGCGAGCCGUUCGAGCUGUCCAAGUCGCUUCGUGCCCACAUCAUCGGGGAUCAGUGGAAGGAUGAGGAUCUCGGGCCUAUCUGCAUGCAGCUUCGCGCCGAGUCUGGCGCCGGCGAUAGCCCCGAGGCGCAGCGUCUCGGCGAGGACUUCGCGCUCGAGCAGUUCGCGACCGUGGGCCCAGGGGAGCAGCGCUGGCUGCUAGUCCUCCCUGCGUCGGGCGGACCGGGCUCGGGCAUAUCGUGGAGGCGCUUCAUCUUCCUCCGUGUUCAUGCUGGUCCGUCGGGGGGCCACAAGACGGUGGUCGCCACUCGUGAGUGCGCCCGGCGGCUGGUGGUCUGGCCGGGGCUCGCGGCGGACAUCGAGAAGUGGUGCGCUAGCUGUUGGGCCUGCCUCCGAUUCAGGAAGCAGACUACGAAGGUUCAGGCCAGCUUCAUCGUGGCACGGCACCGGCUUCCAUUUCAUCAUGUGGUCAUCGACGUGGAGGGCCGCAUCACCCCCCCCGACGUCGACGGGUUCGCGUACGUGCUGACCUACAUCUGUGUGACGACGGGGGCCCCCCUUCUCGAGCCGCUCAAGCACCUGCAGCACUCCGAGGUUCGUCGCGCCUUCUUUCGAUGCGCGACUCGGGCCAAGACCUGGCCGAUGCUGGUGAGUUCGGAUCGUGGCAAGGAGUUCUGCAACGCUCUCAUGGAAGAGCUCUGGGCGCUCCUCAACUUCGCAGGCCGCUUCGGCACGUCGUGGAGGCCCUGCGAGCAGGCGGACGCGGAGCGGUCCCACAUCGAGUGCGCGAGGGAGAUCGGCAUCUUCCUGCACGACGUCUUUAAGUGUGCCCCCGGCCAGUGGGCCGAGCUGCUGCCGAUCGUCGAGUUCGUGCUGUGGAACUCGCCCGGCAAGUCGGCGCUGUCGCCGAGGGACCUCUGCAUGGGUUGGUCGUUGGCUUCGCCGCUGGAGAGGGAGCUGCUGCCGCUGGAGCCCGCCGUUCGCGAGGCAGUCUCCGACGUCGCGGCGGCACAGUUUGAGCAGUUCAGGCGUUUGCGGGAGGUUUACCUUCAGCAUCGGGCUCGAGCCGGCCGGCGCAGGGCGGAGCUGGCUAAUCGCACGAGAUCGUCGAGGCGCCCGGAGGUCGGGGACAUGGUGUUGUUCAAGGACCCGAAGCUCUCCAAGGCCGUGGCCGGGCACGCUCCGGGCCGCCGCCCUCUGCGCGGCCCCUUCGAGGUCCUCUCCACGAAGGGCAACGUCGCCACGUUGCGGGACCCCGAGACCCGGCAGGUGCUCAAGGAUAUCCACGGCGAUUUCUUGAUCGGCGUCCCGGGCUUGGUCGACGACACGGAGCGCAUCGUGAAGUUGGAGGAGGACGACGGCCGUGGCAGGGCCUCUGCCGGACAGCUGCUGGCAGCGCGGCUGGCCCCUGGAGGCGGCGAGGCCGCCGAGGCGCUGGCGCCGCGCGUGAAGGCGCGGAUGCGAGAAGUGAAGGUCGGGCGGCUCGUGGCCUACCAGGGCGAGGAGGCGAAGCGCUGCCGGGUGGGCAAGGUGCUGAGCCUGGCCGAGGACCUGAGCAGCGUGACGGUGCACGUGUACCAGGCGGCGGUCGACGGACGGCUGCAGGUGGUCUGGACAGCGGCGUACGACCGCCAGGAGGGCGCGGACUUCCAGCGGCAGAGGGUCGAGACGCUGGAGGCGAAGCGGGUGCUGGGUGUCGUGGAGCUCAACAAGGGCGUGCUGAACCACGCGGCGGCGAGCAGACUGGCGCGGGCCGGCUGGCGGCUGGACGAGGGGACCGUCCGGCGCGGUGCCUUGGCGGCGGCGGCAGUGGUGCCGGCCGCGCCACGGCUCUCCGACCUCCCUUCGAGCCGCGUCAUCGCGCUCGUCGCAGCUUGCCGUCCGCUCGAGGAGCUCGACCUGAAGAUCGGCGAGGUCCAGGCGUGGGCGCACGGCGUCCCCCUCUUCGUGGAGAUCUUCGAUGGGGUCGGGAGGCUCUCGCAGGCGGUCCAGAGCUUAGGCGCAGCCAACGCGGUGUGCAGCGUGGUGGCCGGCAUCGACCUUAAGCGCAGGACGUACGGGCAGUACUGGGACCUCAGCAGGGCCAAGGACCGCGCCCGGCUUCGCUACCUGCUCUUCGAGGUGCUGAGGCCGGCAGGAGCCCACUGGGCGCUCCCCUGUGCGAAGUGGAGCAGCCUCGGUGGCCACCAGCCCGACGCCAACGCGCACGCGCUAGCUUCUUUCACCAUGGACGGCCUCGAGCACCUCGACGGCGCGGGCUGCCUGGCCUCCUUCGAGGGCCCUCGUGCGCACGCGCUGGUGGCGAGCGUGGAGUGGCAGCAACGGUUCGGGUCAGCCGAGGCGCCGCGCGGGCGCUGGCGGCACGUGCUCCCCGACGGCUGCAUGUUCCACUGCAGGAGCCCGGACGAGGAGCCCUUGGCCAUGCAGAAGCCGUACGUCAUCGUGGGCAACUUCCCGCUGGACCUGCUGGACGUUCAGUGCCGCCGUGGAGCGCUGCGGCCUCUAGGGCGCGGCCUCGAAGGCGUCGAGGUCGCCUCCGUGGAGCAGCGCGGCGACGCCGGGAGCUCCAUGAUCGGAGCCGCGCGAGCGCUGGAGGGGCCUCGCAUGCCCUGCGAGCCGGGACGCGCGGCCGCUCCGGCUGCUGGGGUGACUAGGUCGGUGGACAAGCUGAGCGACGCCGAGAUGGCGGAAAGGAAGGCGCGGCGCGAGCCAGCGGCGGCGGCGGCGAAGAAGAAGUGGGCCGAGCUGGCCAAGAAGGGUGACUGGGACCAGGUUCGGAUGCCCGGCAAGUGCUUCAGGUUUGCCGAGGUGAAGAUUUCGCCGAGGCGCUCGGCGGAGUACAAGGCCAAGGUUCUGGAGGCGGUCGGGCUCGUCGGCGAGUGCGCGGGCUACAAGCACCUGGGCAGCCAGGAGCUGGAGGCGCUGAAGGAGAUGAUCAGCCUGAAGGCCGAGGCGUUCUGGGUGAAGGGCACCGCGCGGACGGUCAUGCGCGGCUUCAAGCACGACGUGGUGACGACUGGCUUGCCUGCGCGCGGGCCGCCGAUCCGCUUGAAGGGCCCGGAGUCUUCCAUCGUCCGCGAGGAGCUCGAGGCGGGCGUGGAGCAGGGGCUGUACUCCCGGGGGACUUCGCCCUGGGGCAGCUGGGCCUUUCCGACCAAGGAGCACGCGAGCGGCCGAAGGCGUCGGACCGUCGUGGACUACCGGAUGGUCAACCGCAGGAUGGUGAUGUUCGUGUACUACAUCCGCCGGUGCCGAGACGUCAAGGGCGAGCUGGUGGGCUGCGCCUUCAUCUCUGGCAUGGACGGCGCUCGCGGCUUCAACCUCCUGGUCAACACUGAGCACGCGAAGGAGGUCCUGGCUGUGCUGGCGGACUGCGGCUGCUACCUCCCCGAGGUGCUGCAGCUGGGGCCAGCGACGGGGCCCUUCGACUUCCAGUUCUGCACCGACGAGCUGUUCACUGGCACCGGCCGCGGGCGCUACGGAUCGGUCUGGAAGAAUUACAUCGACGACUUUUGGGUCAGGACGGGGCAGUGGCUGAACGGUCGCGCCUACACCGACCGAGAGUACGAGGAGAUGCUGGCGGCCAGCCAGAGCUACGACCACGCCAAGGGCGUGCUCGUGGGGCUGUGCGUGGCGCAGUCGGCCACGGGAGCGGCGGCUCUGGAGGGCGGCGGCGUUGCCUUGGCGAACGGCCUCCGCAUGCUGGUGGUGGCUGCCGCGGUGCGCACGGCGUCCUUGGUGGAUGAGGGGCUGCGCGCGGGCGUGCAGCUGACGCGGGACAUCUUCGAGGCGGCCGGCGACCUGGUCCAGAGCGUCUCCUGGAACCUCAGCGGGCUCAUCCACGAGGUGUGCGAGGGGGCGGUCCUGGUGGUGCGCGUCCUGGUCGUCGUGCAGUGCUGCUACGCUCUUUACUGCCUGCGCUCGUGGGUGGCUUGCCGUGCGCAGCGGGCGGCGCUGGAGCGCGCCGCCACCGCCGGCGAGGCGGCUCAGCGCGGACUCACGUCCAGCGCGCGAACCUGCGAGGCCGGCGACGGGCCCGCCUUCGGCCGCGAGCCGAUGGCCAGAGCGGCAGCCGCUGGCAGGAGCCCGAGCGGGGCCAUCUCGUCAGCAGAUGGCGCCGCCAGCCCUGUGGUGGCGCUGUGGCGCGAGGCGGAGUUCGAGACCCCCCUGAUCGGGGCGGCGGCAC